AUGGCGGAGGCGGCGGCGGCGGCGGCGCGGCCCGCGCGGCGGCCCAAGGACGUUCCCCGGCACGUGUGGGCCCGCGAGCGGCGGCGCAGCGCGGGCGCCGGCCUGGCCGGGCCCAACACCGUCUACGCGCAGGUGGUGGCGGCCGGGAGCCGCGACGCGGGCGCCGCCGUCUACGUGUUCUCCGAGUUCAACCGGUACCUGUUCAACUGCGGCGAGGGCACGCAGCGGGCCAUGCAGGAGCACAAGCUGAAGAUCUCGCACUUGGACAGCAUCUUCCUCAGCCGCGUGGCCUGGGCCAACGUCGGGGGGCUGCCAGGCAUGAUUCUCACAUUAAAGGCUAUGGGGCUUCAAAGAUGUGUUUUCUUAGGGCCACCAAAGCUGCAAAACUACUUGAAAGCCAUUCGACUAUUUCCUGGACCUUUAAAGAGAAUGGACUUAGCUGUACAGUUGCACACAGAACCUGAGUAUAAGGAUGAGACAAUGACAGUCCACCAAAUACCUCUUAUAGGAAAGCCACUGGCUGCUGAAACCAUGUUGCCUAAGAGUCCCGGAACGUCAGCCCAGGGUGGAAAUAGCCCCAAAUAUAGUCCAAGGCCUGGUUCCCCAAAAGCUGCACAGCAAAGUCCAAUGGAGAGCAAGGAAAAAGAACUCUCCAGAAAAACAGGUGAUACAGAGAAGAGUGGUAGGCAGCCUGAUAUGGUCAUGGCUUUCCUCUGUAAAAUUCACCCAAAGAAAGGAAAAUUCUUAGUAACUAAAGCACAGGAGCUAGGCCUGCCGGUGGGAACUCCAGCUAUUCUACCCAUAAUCACAGCUCUAAAGAAUGGGGAGAGCAUCACUUUUGAAGGCAGGGAGCUCUUGCCUGAAGAACUGUGUACCCCUACUGAUCCUGGCCCAGUGUUCAUUGUACUGGAAUGUCCCCACGAGGGCUUUGUGGAUGCUGUCUGUGAAAACGAAACCUUCCAAAGGUAUCAGGAAGGACUUCCUGAAAACCAGGUAGCCUUAGUCAUUCACAUGACUCCAGAGUCAGUGCUUCGGGACAGUCGCUACCAGCAGUGGUUGGAAAGAUUUGGCCAUGGAACACAACACUUGGUACUCAAUGAAAACUCUGCUGCAGUGCAUAAUCCACGUAGCUACAAGAUCCAAACCCAACUGAACCUUAUCCACCCAGAGAUCUUCCCUCUGCUCACCAGCUAUCAGAGCAAGGAAGAAGAUGCUGCCUGUAGUGUGCCUGUUGUCCGAGGAGAAUGCCUCCUGAAGUACCACUUCAGACCCAAACAGGAAUGGCAGAGGGAUGCUGUGACUGUCUGUGAUCAUGAUGCAUUUGUAAGUGAAGCCCUAGAUCUUCCUGACUUCCAGGAUCGUGUGAAGGAGUGCAAAGAAAGCCUGUCUGCUGUCCCAGGAAAUGUGGAUGCUUAUCCAGAAAUUGUGUUCUUGGGAACAGGUUCUGCAAUUCCAAUGAAAAUCCGAAAUGUCAGUUCCACAUUGGUAAAUAUUAGCUCUACCCGAUCUGUGCUCUUGGACUGUGGGGAAGGAACGUUUGGACAGCUAUGUCGUCACUAUGGAGAGCAAAUUGACCAAGUGUUGUGUAACUUAGCGGCUGUGUUUGUUUCUCACAUGCAUACUGAUCAUCACUCGGGUUUGAUGAACAUCCUGAUGCAGAGGCGGAGAGCUCUUGCAUCGCUUGGUCAGGUAUUUAGCCCUCUGUUUCUGGUAGCACCUGAACAGAUCAUGCCUUGGCUACAUGAGUACCACAACCACUGUGAAGAAAUUCUUGAAGACAUUAAAAUGAUUCCCUCCCAGUCUCUUGUGAAGGGCUAUGAGAAUAUCAGACCUAAAGCCAAGUUUGUCARCUCUCUUUUGGAGAGCUAUGACCUGGCUGAGUUUCAGACUUGUGAAGUCCAGCACUGCAAAAAUGCUUUUGCUUGUUCAAUAGUCCACAAAUCUGGCUGGAAAGUAGUCUAUUCUGGAGACACAAUGCCCUGCAUGGCCUUAGUAAAAAUGGGAAAAGAUGCUACGCUACUGAUCCAUGAAGCAACACUAGAGGAUGGCAUGGAAAAAGAAGCCAUAGAGAAAACACACAGCACAACCUCCCAGGCAAUUCAGACAGGGAUGAAGAUGAAUGCUGAGUUUAUCAUGCUCAACCACUUCAGUCAGAGAUAUGCCAAGAUUCCACUAUUCAGUGAAGACUUCAGUGAGAAAGUUGGAAUUGCAUUUGAUCAUAUGAGAGURCGGUUUGGUGACUUUGCAGUCAUUCCAAAGUUGAUCCGACCUCUGAAGGCUUUGUUCGCAGAUGACAUUGUAGAAAUGGAGGAGAGGAAGGAAAAACGGGAGCUGCGCCUUCUGAAGGAGGCCUCUCUAGUCUUGGACAAACUGACUGAUAGUGAGAAUGAAGAAACACCAAGCCAAAAAAGGAAACAAGCUAAGAACCACCAGGAAGUACCAARCAAGAAGCUUAAAACGGUGAACUGAAACAAUGUCAAGAAGGCACUAUGCCCUAUGAAAUGUCCUGGGCUCUCCGAGCCUCGGGAGCGUGCAGUGCCAAGGACUGCCCGCGAGUACCGUGGAAAAGGGCUGGCCUUGAAGUUCAGUGUCUGGGUUUGCUUGGUCAUUGGUGGAUUCUUGUGGGCUGAAUCUACCAAGCAUGGUGUAAGCAGCGCAAGUCCUCCUGGCAACAUUAUCUACCCCUGCAGUUCUUCAUUUUGGAUCUUGCUAGUCCACAUACCUUUUUUUUUUUUUUCCCCCAAAAUUCCUUCUGAAAUGUUUUAUUUCUGUUUUUAUGCUGGAAACUAUUAGUAAUGUGRCAAUGGCAGUUGUGACCUCUAAAGGUUUCAAAAGAUGAGGCUUGAGAAGCCCUUGUGAUGUUGUGGAUUCUCCAGAAUGAUGUGAGCAGAUCUCUGGGUAUCUGGAAUGCAACUAGAUAUGAGAACCCAGGUUAUAGGAAGAAAUGUCACAAUAAAGUGGGACCCAGUUUAUUGACUUUAGAACUUUUGAUUAAUAUCAGGAUCUUAAUCCUGCUCUCCUCCCAUUUUAUUUUGAUUUUCUCAGUUUUCCAAAACCUCCCUUCAGAAUCUGAAUAAACGAGUCAACWUCUUCAGGGUGUGCAUUUUGCCUAGUUUGCUAAUUAGGAUUUAGUUGAGAGCAAACAAAUGACUGAGU